AUGGCCACCGAGGGAAGAAGAACUGCGGCUGUCUCAGUCAUCCGCGACAUUGAGCGCCUCAUCGCUGCCGACCCCGGGAAGAGGGGUAUCGGGCCGUUGGCGAUUGAGGGAGAGCUGCAUCGUGCCGCUACCGCCCUCUACGCCGGCGACGUCCGGCACGUGGGCAUCACCACCGGAUUCUACAUCCUCAGUGCCGGAGUCCCCGAAACUGACGGGCCGUUGGGUGCUCUCGCCAU